GAUCCGGCCCAGCCAUGGACCGGAAGGUGGCUCGAGAAUUCCGGCACAAGGUGGAUUUCCUGAUUGAAAAUGACGCCGAGAAGGACUACCUCUAUGACGUGCUGCGGAUCUACCACCAGACCAUGGAUGUGGUCGUGCUGGUGGGGGACCUGAAGCUGGUCAUCAAUGAGCCCAACCGCCUGCCACUGUUUGAUGCCAUCCGGCCCCUGAUCCCGCUGAAGCACCAGGUGGAGUACGACCAGCUCACCCCCCGGCGCUCCAGGAAGCUGAAGGAGGUACGUCUGGACCGCCUGCACCCCGAAGGCCUGGGCCUCAGCGUGCGCGGGGGCCUGGAGUUCGGCUGUGGCCUCUUCAUCUCCCACCUCAUUAAGGGUGGGCAGGCAGACAGCGUUGGGCUCCAGGUUGGAGACGAGAUUGUCCGGAUCAAUGGCUAUUCCAUCUCCUCCUGCACCCACGAGGAAGUCAUCAACCUUAUCCGCACCAAGAAGACCGUGUCCAUCAAAGUGAGACACAUCGGCCUGAUUCCUGUGAAGAGCGGCCCUGAUGAGCCUCUCAAGUGGCAGUAUGUGGAUCAGUUCGUGUCGGAAUCUGGGGGCGUGCGGAGCGGCGGGGCCUCCUCCGGGAGUCAGGAGAACAAAGAGAAGAAGGUCUUCAUCAGCCUGGUGGGCACCCGGGGCCUUGGCUGCAGCAUUUCCAGCGGCCCCGUCCAGAAACCUGGCAUCUUCAUCAGCAGCGUGAAGCCUGGCUCACUGUCAGCUGAGGUGGGACUGGAGACAGGGGACCAGAUCGUUGAGGUAAACGGCAUCGACUUCUCCAACCUGGACCACAAAGAGGCUGUGAACGUACUAAAGAGUAGUCGCAGCCUGACCAUUUCCAUCGUGGCUGGAGCUGGCCGGGAGCUGUUCAUGACGGACCGAGAGCGGCAGGCAGAGGUACGGCAGCGCGAGCUGCAGCGGCAGGAGCUCUUGAUGCAGAAGCACUUGGCCAUGGAGUCCAACAAGAUCCUGCAGGAGCAGCAGGAGAUGGAGCGGCAAAGGAAGAAGGAAAUUGCCCAGAAGGCAGCAGAGGAAAAUGAGCGAUACCGGAAGGAGAUGGAGCAGAUCAUGGAGGAUGAAGAGAAGUUUAAGAAGCAGUGGGAAGAAGACUGGGGCUCCAAGGAGCAGCUGCUCUCGCCCAAGACCGUCACUGCCGAGGUGCACCCCGUCCCCCUUCGCAAGCCAAAAUCCUUUGGGUGGUUUUAUCGUUAUGAUGGCAAAUUCCCCAGCAUCCGGAAGAGAGGGAAGGAGAAGAAGAAAGCCAAGUACGACAGCCUCCAGGAGUUGAGAAAGAAUAAGAAGGAGCUGGAGUUUGAGCAAAAGCUUUACAAAGAGAAAGAGGAAAUGUUGGAAAAGGAGAAACAGUUGAAGAUCAACCGGCUAGCUCAGGAGGUGUCAGAGACAGAGCGGGAAGACCUUGAGGAAUCAGAAAAGAUUCAGUACUGGGUGGAAAGGCUGUGUCAGACGCGACUCGAGCAGAUCUCCUCUGCUGAGAAUGAGAUCCCAGAGAUGCCCACGGGGCCCCCACCUCCCCCGCCUUCUGUGUCUCCCCUGGUCCCGCCCCUGAAGCGCUUCGCAGGCGGGCUGCACCUCCACACCACCGACCUGGAUGACAUCCCCUUAGACAUGUUCUACUAUCCCCCCAAGACGUCCUCGGCCUUGCCUGUGAUGCCCCACCCGCCCCCCUCCAACCCGCCCGCCAAGAUCCCUGCGCCCCCUCUCCUGCCCGCAUCUGGGCGCGCGACCACCUCCUCCUCCCCCUGGGUGCAGCACACGCCGCCCCCUAUCCCCAUUCCGCCCCCACCAUCCAUCCCCACACAAGACCUCACACCCACCCGUCCACUGCCCUCGGCCCUGGAGGAGGCUCUGGGCAGCCACACCUUCCGCACGGGGGAUAUGGGCAACCCCACAGAGGACUGGGAGGCCAGGAACCACGGCGGGAAGCCCAUCAACUCCCCAGUCCCUGAACGCAGCUUCCCACCGCCCACGGCAAAGACCUUUUGCCCAAGCCCACAGCCUCCUCGGGGGCCUGGCGUGUCCACCAUCUCCAAACCCGUCAUGGUCCACCAGGAGCCCAACUUCAUCUACCGGCACCCAGUGAAAGCCGAGGUCCUGCCCCAGGAGAUGCUGAAGCGGAUGGUGGUUUAUCAGACGGCGUUCAGACAAGAUUUCCGGAAAUACGAAGAAAACUUUGACCCUUACUCCAUGUUCACCCCCGGGCAGAUCAUCGGGAAGGACGUCCGGCUGCUGCGCAUUAAGAAGGAGGGGGCCUUAGACCUGGCCCUGGAAGGUGGCGUGGACUCCCCAAUCGGGAAGGUGGUCGUCUCGGCCGUGUACGAGGGCGGAGCAGCAGAGCGGCACGGCGGCAUCGUGAAGGGGGACGAGGUCAUGGCCAUCAAUGGCAAGAUCGUGACAGAUUAUACCCUGGCGGAGGCAGAGGCCACCCUGCAGAAGGCCUGGAAUCAGGGGGACUGGAUUGACCUGGUGGUUGCCGUCUGUCCCCCCAAGGAGUACGACGACGAGCUGUAA